CCCACACUUGCAGGAUUUGUUUUCUUCGAUGGCUGCCAUGCCAUGGAGCAGUGGGCCACCGGUGUGCAGGUCUUCCUGGUGCCCUUGGCCUCGGCCACCGCGAGCCGCCGCGCCGUGUGGGCCCAGCGGCUCCGCAGCGCGGGCGGCGCCACGGCGGACGGGGACGGCGUGACACACGUGGCGCUGGCGCCGGAGUUGAGCCGCGGGAGGCUUGAGGCUUGGAAGGACCUGUCCAGCUUGAAGGAGGCCUUUUGGGUCUCAACGGACUGGUUGAUCUCCUGCCUCUCCCAGCAGCGGCGCGUACCAGAGGCUCAGUUCCCAUGGCCACCGGAUCCAGCGCCCAAGUCAGCAUCCCCUUCACCGAGAAAGGUGCCAGCACUGGAGGCGAGCCCACUACCCUCCAAGCGGAAAGUGGAGGAUCCAUCGGAGAGUGAGGCGCAGGUGAGCCCAGUGAGCCCUCCCUCUUCGAAGCGAACGCGGCGUUCCGAGCUGUCCGAGAGCGAGGUCGAAGAGCUCCGCCCUCGAAUGGCAGCCUUCAAUGGGCAGCUGACGCCUCAGAGAAAGCAACUCCUCGGGAGACGGGAGAAGUUCGCGUGUCAGCGUGCCCCCCUGCUAGACCCAGCCACACCCUCAGCGGCCUCUGGUCAGCGCAACGGCGCACUGGUGGCACUCUUCGGCCAACUGCAGAAGCACUAUGAAGCCUUGGGUGACUCCUGGCGCGAGCGUUCGUAUCGAACCACUGCCAGUCUUCUUCGGAGUCUACCUUUCGAAGUGGCUUCCGUGGCCGACCUCCAGCAACCACAACUGAGACGUUUGGGCAAGAAGACGCGCGAGAAGCUCGUGGAGUUCCUGGAAACAGGGACCAUCGGCCGAGUGGAGGGUCUUCAAGAGGAUGAAUCCACAAAGGCGUUGAACGAACUGCAGGGGAUUUGGGGCGUGGGCUUAACGACUGCCAGGCGCUGGUAUGGCCUGGGCUGCCGCAGUGUGGAAGACGUGCGAGAGCACAUGGCGGCUGGUGGGCUGAAGCUGAACUCGGAUCAGCUCAUUGGCCUCGAGCUCUAUGACGACCUGGCGCAGCGCAUCCCCCGUCAGGAAGUGGCCAGCAUCGUGGAGCGCGUCGAGGCUGCGGCACAGCAGCGCUUCGGGCUGCGCCUGCGCGUGGAGGCCUGCGGCUCAUACCGCCGUGGGCGGGACACUUGUGGAGACGUCGACCUGCUCCUGUGCUGCAGAUGGGCUGAGGAUGAGGGGCGUCUCAGCUGCCAGGAGAUUCUUCAGGCCAUUGUGGCCGAGUUGACUGCACAAAAGUUCCUCACUCAUGACUUGAAAGGCAGCAGGUAUGAGGACCCGUUUGCGCGCGGCGAAGCUUCACCUCGCUCGGCGUGCUACUUCGGGGUGUGCAAGGUGGGCCAAUGCCACCGGCGGAUCGAUCUCAAGGUACAUCCUUUGGUGGAGUUCCCCUUCGCAUGGCUCUCCUUCACGGGAUCGGGGCCCUUCAACCGCUCCAUGCGGCUUUUUGCGCGGCGCUGCGGCUUCAGCUUGAGCGACCACGGCAUUUGCGAGGCCACCCACGCGCGCGCACGCGGGCGAGGACCCCGGCUCUGGACGGGGCCGCCUAUCGCUCAGCAUCGCUUUCAGACGGAGAAGGACAUCUUCGACUUUUUGGGGCUCAGCUACCGAGAGCCCUGGCAGCGGGAAGUGGAUGCUUCCUGGUUACAAGAGACGGCCACGGCCGCGGAGGAGGCCAGUGCCAGCACCGCCACCCGGCGCAAAGAUGUCGUUUCCCCACGUUUUGGCCUACAGUCUACAGCCAUGGUCCUGAUAUGA